GGUGAACCAGUUCAGUCACCAUGAGUUGGAGCUUCCUCACUCGCCUGCUAGAGGAGAUCCACAACCACUCCACGUUCGUGGGGAAGAUCUGGCUCACUGUAUUGAUCGUCUUCCGGAUUGUCCUUACAGCUGUAGGAGGAGAGUCCAUCUAUUACGACGAGCAAAGCAAAUUUGUGUGCAACACAGAGCAGCCAGGCUGCGAGAACGUCUGCUAUGAUGCCUUUGCACCCCUCUCCCACGUGCGCUUCUGGGUGUUCCAGAUCAUCCUGGUGGCCACCCCCUCAGUGAUGUACCUGGGCUACGCCAUUCAUAAGAUUGCCAAAAUGGAGCACGGUGAAGCAGACAAGAAGGCUGCUCGGAGCAAACCCUAUGCAAUGCGUUGGAAACAGCACCGGGCUCUGGAAGAAACAGAAGAGGACCAUGAAGAGGAUCCCAUGAUGUAUCCAGAAAUGGAAUUAGAAAGUGAAAAAGAAAAUAAAGAUCAGAACCAAUCUAAACCUAAGCAUGAUGGCCGACACCGGAUUCAGGAGGACGGGCUCAUGAAAAUCUAUGUGCUGCAGCUGCUGGCAAGGACCGCGUUUGAGGUGGGCUUUCUGAUAGGGCAGUACUUCCUGUAUGGCUUCCAAGUCCACCCAUUUUAUGUGUGCAGCAGACUUCCUUGCCCUCAUAAGAUAGACUGCUUUAUUUCCAGACCCACUGAGAAGACCAUCUUCCUCCUGAUAAUGUAUGGUGUCACAGGCCUUUGCCUGUUGCUUAACAUUUGGGAGAUGCUUCAUUUAGGGUUUGGGACAAUUCGAGACUCACUAAACAGUAAAAGGAGGGAAAUGGAAGAUCCGGGUGCUUAUAAUUAUCCUUUCACUUGGAACACACCAUCUGCUCCCCCUGGCUAUAACAUUGCCGUCAAACCAGAUCAAAUCCAGUACACCGAACUGUCCAACGCUAAGAUUGCCUACAAGCAAAACAAGGCCAACAUCGCCCAGGAACAACAGUACGGCAGCCAUGAGGACAACCUCCCAGCUGACCUGGAGACCCUGCAGAGGGAAAUCAAAAUGGCUCAGGAACGCCUGGAUCUGGCAAUCCAGGCCUACAGUCACCAAAACAACCCCCAUGGCCCCCGGGACAAAAAAGCCAAAGUGGGGUCCAAGGCUGGGUCCAACAAAAGCAGUGCUAGUAGCAAAUCGGGGGAUGGGAAGACCUCCGUCUGGAUUUAACCUUGGCUGGGCUUAAAACUUGUGCUUUUCGUAGUUCACAGUAAGCAGCGGCUCACAGAAUAACGACUUCCACUGAGUAAACAUUCGGCUCUGGUUAUUUUCAGGGAUGCUGUUGGCUCAUGAUCCAAGCUCAGGGGACUCUGAAGUGGGGGCUGGGACAGGGGGAAAGAACGGGAAACACAGUGUUCCUGGACACAUGUUCCAGCAAUAAUACAGUUGCAGAACUUUACAUUUGUGUCUUCCAGAUCUGGAAAAGAACAGAUAUAUUUAAAUCAUUCUUGUUGAACAGUUUUUGUAUGUACAGUAUUAUGGUACAUUUUUUUUUUUUUAGUAUGAAAACUUUUCUUUGUAUUUGUAUAUUGGACCACUGUAGUUAUACUUUUAUAUUAAAGGGGAAAUAAUCCUUAA